UCCAAGAUGGCCGCGCCCUGUGUUUACAGUCCGGCUCCGGAGAUACCCUAAUGACCUGAUAUACUCCGUUUACUUUAAUUAAAUUCCAGGGAUGUUGUUUCCCCAGAAUAUGCCUCUGUUGAGGACUUUAAAAUGCAAUAUUAUACUGCCCAGAAUACCUUUCCAUUUGUAUAACAGGAACUACUGCCAUAGUGGUGCAGGUGAGUCUUUUGUGCCGUUUGAUGCGCUGGUGAGCCAAAGGCGGAAUGAGGCUCGCAGGUCACUCUUGGUGGAGGUGGCAGGGCUACCCUCGUCUGUAGACCUGCACCAGGUGUGCAGUCAGUAUGGAGCUGUGCAGAAGAUGUUCCAUUAUACCACCAGACAAGGCAGUGUCAAUAAAGAGAUGAUCCUCGUGGAGUUUGACAAGGCAGAAUCCCUGGAAAGAGCGCUGCAGUCAACACGUUCACCUCCGAUUGAUCGCAUCAUACCUGUUCACUCUCCCUUUGUGUGGCUCUCAGCCAGCCAGCCUGCACCCCGUAACAGGAAGGCCAACAUCGGUAGUUCCACAGACAUCAUCCAAGAGACGGUGCCUUCUGAUGAAGAACUUCAGCUGCAGUUGUCUCAGAGUAGAGAUUUGUCAGAGCAGAUACAAAAUGUGUAUGAAUGCCAAAAAUUGACAGAGUUAGGUUCAAGACUGAGGUUUUUUACAUGCAGACAGGUAGAAGUCGCUCUCUCAGGCCUCUUCCCACAGGCUUGCAUCCUUCCAUUCGGUUCGUCUGUCAACUCCUUUGGGCGAGUCAACUGUGAUCUGGACAUGAUUUUGGAACUGUUUGAUGUCUCUAAUCAGGACAGCACUCAGCGCUUGGUCUUCCAAGCCAAGAAGUCACGGUCUGCGGCCAAUCCUCGCAUCACUAUGCAGCGCCACAUGGAGGUCAUUUCAGAUAUUCUAGAUAAUUUUGUGCCUGGAUGUUCUCAGGUGAGGAAGAUUCUGGCAGCUCGCGUUCCCAUUAUCAAGUAUCGUCAAGAUCUAACUGACAUGGAGUGUGACCUCUCUAUGGCCAACAGGAGUGGUUUUUAUAUGAGUGAAAUGUUGUACCUGUAUGGAAGCAUGGACAAGAGAGUGCGGCCAUUAGUCUUUGCCAUUCGGAAAUGGGCAAAGGAUCGCCAUGUUACUUCGCCAUACGCAGGGCGCUGGGUUACCAACUUUUCCCUGACACUCCUGGUCCUCUUCUACUUAAUGAAAACUUCACCACCUGUCAUUCCACCCCUCCAGACGCUUAUCAAGUUAGCAGGUGACGAUGAUGUACGCACAGCAGAUGGCAUCAACUGCACCUUCUUGCGAGAUUUGAGGAUAGUAACAGCCUCAGAUAAUAAGCAAAGUCUGGAAGAUUUACUGAGAGGUUUCUUUGAGUUUUAUGAUAAAUUUAGUUUCAAGGAAAGAGGCUUGUCGAUUGUGAGGGGUGAUGACUUCGUGAAGCCAGAACACAGUGCGUUGUACAUUCAGAACCCCCUUGAACGCGAGUUAAAUGUCAGCCGUAAUGUGACGCUGGAGGAACUAGAGAGACUUCGCACAGAAAUCACACAUGCCAGAUAUAGAUUAGAGGAAUAUACUCAACAUAUUGAGGAGCAGGAGCAGCAACCAUGGGGCCUCCUCAGCUUGUGGGGGACAUCCCGUAAGCCCCAGGCACACAGAGGUCUCAAUGCCUCCAUAGACUGGCAGGGGGUCUUCCACAUACAGGAACAGGAAACUCCUCCCACCUCCAAUAAACAGUUGAAUGUGUUGCCAGUGCAUGCAGCUACAAAGUCCAAUGAGAAGGUGCCAAGCAAUGGUGAAAAGGCAAGGAACAACACCAAGUUCCAGCCAGUGGAACGGACCAAAAUGUUAAAGGAGGAACUCAUUAUGCCGUCAGACCUGAAUGGCUUAGUGACAAAAUUGAAGAGGAAUGUGGUGCAGAAGAAUGCAAAUGGAAGGAAAAAUAAGAAACAGAAAAUGAACAAAGUUAUGUACAAAUGGUGACUUAAGUAAAACUUACUUUUUUUUUUUUUUAAAUCUUGGAAUUCAUGACUGAACUGAAAGUAAGACUGCUUAAUAUUUCAGUAUAUUUCUCAAUUUUACUUGUAUGUUGAUGGGACUGCAAUAAAGUAAUUUAUUUUGUUAUUAGCAAGAACUAAUAAUGAAACAGCUCCCAAAAGUGAUUCUUUUGUACAGUUUUGUUACUGUAAAUAGAAUAUCUAUUGUUUUUCUAGUCA